AUUUAUUUCUAGCCGUUUGCCCACCCCGUCUCCCAGCACACCCCGUUGUUUCUAAACUGAUAGUGACAGCUAGUCAUCAAAAUGGUGGACAUCAACUUCGAAUGCGUGCACCAGAUAGAGCCGAACCCCCGAUCCGCAGGGCAGCAACAACAUGAAGCCUACCUGGAGGCGGUGCGCAUUCUUUUGGUUCUUCUGGACAACGUUCUGGCACAGCCGGAUAACUUAAAGUACCGUACCAUAAGGCUGGAGAACAAAGCUAUCAAGGAGAAGUUGCUCACUCUUCCCGGUUGUAUAAGAUUGUUGAAUGCAAUCGGCUUUGUGAGGGCUUCCUGCUCCGAAGCUUACACCUUGCCCCCUGAGGUGUCCCUGCAGAAGGUGCAGAAGUACCGAGACGCUCUCAUCGAACGGCGCUCUGUCUGGCUGAGCGGAGCAGUCCCUAAGACUCCGCCACAAAAAUGCACCUCCUCCAACAAGCCCUCUCCGUUGUUUAUUAAGCCUUCAGUGGAAUAUCGCCAGAGAAUCGCCUUUCCGCGUGUUCUGCGUACCACCAAUAACUUUCUGCAGUCCCUUGAGUUGUACUCUGAUGCAGUCAUGCAGUACGAGGAUGAGCUGCUGAUGACCACUGGCCGCACUCUGAUCCCGGUGGACAAACUCACUGAAAAGGCCAGCGAGAAGCUAGUAGAUUUGCAGGAGCGUAUUGCCUCGGGAGAGUGUCACGAAAAGGAGCCCUGUGUUCGGGACCUUUUGCUCGUGGAGCUGGUAAACUGGUUCAACACACAGUUCUUUCAGUGGGUUAACAAUAUACCCUGUCGCGUUUGCGGCAGCGAGGAGAGUAAACUCCGCCGCACUCAACGAGAGGCUGAUGUGCUUGUAGAGGUCGCCGUUUGCUGCGGUCAGGAGAGCAAAUUCUACCGAUACAACGAUAUAUCCCAGCUUUUGGUCUCUCGUAAGGGCCGUUGUGGAGAAUAUGCCAACUGCUUUACUUUCCUAUGCCGCACCCUCGACUACGACGCCCGUAUUGUGCAUUCUCACUUUGAUCACGUGUGGACAGAGGUUUACUCUGAGGCACAGGUACGUUGGCUGCACGUUGACCCCUCCGAGAAUGUGGUGGAUUCCCCACUGAUGUAUCAGCACGGUUGGAAACGCCAUAUUGAUUACGUACUCGCCUACUCGCACGACGACAUCCAAGACGUAACUUGGCGCUAUACGAACGAUCACCAAAAGGUCCUGCAGUUGCGCAAAUUGUGCAGUGAAAAAGAAAUGGUGCAGACCCUUGAGAAGAUUCGCACCAAAAGACGGAAGAAUUGCACUGCCGAACGAAGAUUGCUCCUGGGGCAGCGCAACAUGUCCGAGGUUAUCGGCAUGACCCUAGAACGAGAGCCGUCGGAGAACGAACUAAAGGGAAGGAGUUCGGGCAGCCUCACUUGGCGUCAAUCGCGGGGGGAGCAUACGUUUACUAACAUUUUCGUUUUCAAACCAAAUGAAGUCGAGAUUCAAAAACGGCAACUAAAUUUGCGAUACAGCUGUGCCACCGAUACUUACGAACGGUAUGUCAAAGAUGAAGGUCACAUCACUAUUCUGGACACCUACAAGACUUGGCAAAAAGCGCAAUUUUCAUCAAAUAACAUUUUUCGAAAGGUUGAACGCGAUUGGAAAAUGGUCUAUCUGGCAAGACUUGAGGAUACUGAUUGUGGUGAUAUUGUCUGGAAGUUCGAUUUUAGCAAAACAAAUCUGAAGGUUAAGUCCUACAACUUGGUUUUCGGAACGAAAACUUUUGGCGAUGGGAAAAUCUCUGCUACCGUUGAAGCCCUGAAUGGGAACGCUUCAGUUGAAAAUACCAAUGGAUUUAAAAUUGUGGUUAAGCUUACGGGUGGUAAGGGCGACGUAGCGUGGCAGCACACUCAACUCUUUAGGCAGAGUCUAAAUUCCCAGGACUAUCCUUUCGAAUUGCAGGUGGAAUUACAUUAAAUAAAUAUAUUCAAAAAUCAAAAUGUAACUGUAUAUAUGCAUGUAAAAGUUCCUGUCUGGAGGAAAAGUUUAAAGAUAAUUUGUAAUAUAAGUAUGUAAGAUCCUUA